UGCGGGAGCGCGCAGCUGUGACGGGUGCACGCGCGUAUAACUUCCCCUCAGCGCCUAACAGGCGCUUUAAAAUAAAGUUCUGCAUGUAAACAAUAGCACGGAUUAGUUGUAAAUAGGUGCAUAGGCUGCAGGAGCUGGUUUGUUGAUGGCUGGAGUGUGCGGGAAGAGCGCGGUGUCGUUCUCCGUGCUGAAGCGGUCUCUGUGGCUGCGCUCCCCGCGGUCGGUGCUCUGUCCCGGGCGUAGCGGCGCGCUGGAGGCCCGGUUGGCGGCUCGGGCGCCACACCCGCUCCGGGCUCUCAGACACCCGGCUAAUGUGUGUUUCUCCUGCCAGGACUCCAUGAGCGACACCCUGAGAACCUGCUACGACUAUCUGAACCAGACGAGCCGGAGUUUCGCAGCGGUGAUCCAGGCCCUGGAUGGGGAGCUGCGGCAUGCGGUGUGUAUCUUCUACCUGGUUCUGCGAGCGCUGGAUACGGUGGAGGAUGAUAUGAGCAUCCCGCUGGAGCAGAAGCUGCCGCUGCUGCAGGAUUUCCACACGUUCCUCUACCAGCCUGAUUGGAGCUUUAGCCAGAGCAGAGAGAAGGACCGCCGCGUGCUGGAGGAUUUCCCCACCAUUUCAGUGGAGUUUAGGAAUUUGGGUCAGGAGUAUCAGGAGGUGAUUUCAGACAUUUGUCACCGGAUGGGUGUAGGAAUGGCUGAAUUCCUGGAGAAGAAGGUUUCUUCCAUGAAGGAGUGGGACAAGUACUGUCAUUAUGUGGCGGGGCUGGUGGGCAUCGGGCUCUCGCGGCUGUUCUCCGCAUCCCAGCUGGAGGAGCCGGAGGUGGGCCGGGACACGGAGCUGGCCAACUCUAUGGGUCUGUUCCUGCAGAAGACCAACAUCAUCAGAGACUAUCUGGAGGACCAGCAGCAGGGGAGAGCGUUCUGGCCAGAGGAGGCGUGGAGUCAGUUUGCGUCAGGUCUGGAGGAUCUGGCUCAGCCUCAGCACCUCAGCUCUGCUCUCUCCUGUCUGAAUCUGCUGGUCACUGAUGCGCUCAGACACGUGCCGGACGUCAUGCUGUAUCUGUCCCGACUGCGCAACCAGAGCGUCUUCAACUUCUGCGCUAUCCCACAGGUGAUGGCGAUCGCGACUCUUUCUGCCUGCUACAACAAUCCUCAGGUGUUUCAGGGUGUGGUGAAGAUCCGGAAGGGCCAGGCGGUGACGCUCAUGAUGCAGGCCACAAACAUGAGCGCCGUUUACAGCAUUAUAACACAGUACAGCCAUGAGAUCCUGCAGAAAGUCUCCGUCUCUGACCCGUCGAGGGAGAAGACGCUGCAGAUCCUGAGUGUGAUCCGAGAGAAGAGUGUGCGUGAGGGGUGUGCGUCGUCGCGCGCGCACCACCACAUCUCGCCAGUGUGCGUGUCUGCGGCAAUGAUCCUUGCGGCUCUCAGCUGGCAAUACCUGAACACCACAGCUGGACCAGCAGGGGGCGCCGACAUGCAGGGACACUGAAAACACACAUGAACAAACACAACACACACCUGUGUGAAGCUUUCUAGCUGGUUCACUAGAUCUCGUAAAGCAAGAUCAUAUAUUAUAUACACAUACAUGUAUGAUGUGUGUAUAAUAUAUAUGACUGACUGUUUCGUGAGAUUCACUUGAGUCAUGUCGGUUUGCGUUAGUGCAUCUGAUGGAUGUCUGAGACUCUAGAAAUUAUUCAGAAGUUGUUGUUUUUUUUGUUUAUAUCAUUUUUUCUUUUGAUUUAUUUAUAUUUUCCCCCCAUUUUAAUCAAAAUAUCUUUAAAAAUCAAGCAUGCAUGCACAGAGAUCUAUAGUUUCAGCCCAAUUUUGACAAAGACUGACUUUAAAUGUUCACAAAUAUAUAUUUAGACGUCCAAAUUAUUAUAAUAUCAAGUUUAAAAUGUCUCGUCACGUGUUAUGUUUUAUUGGGUGACACACUUGAAGCCUGUUAAGAACACGUUAAGCUCACAUUUCAUGCACAAAUCAAAGAGUAAACAAUAAAAUUUUAUAUCGAAUUUAAAUAUAAAUUAUUGUUAGUGACACUAUUUUCAAAUAU